AUGCAUGGCAGCGCGGGGGGCAGUGUGUGGGGCAGCGCGUGGGGCAGGGACACCCGGGGCCCCAGGUCUCACCCCUCGCGCAGGGUGCAGUCCCCGGCCGACCGGCUCCUCGUGGUCCGUGCCAACUCUCCGCUCGAGUACCCGGCCCAGGGUGUGGAGGUGAGGCCGCUGCAGAGCAUCCUGGUGCCAGGGCUCAGCUUGCAGGCGGCAGGCAGGAAAUCCUACCAGGUGAACCUGACGGCCACGAUGGGCACGCUGGACGUGGCGGCCGUGGUGGAUGGUGUGGUGCUGCAGGGUGAGGGCGAGUCCCAGCUCUCGCUCACGGCUGCCCACCUUGACCAUCUCAACCGCCAGCUGCAGUUCGUCACCUACACAAACACCCUCUUCCACCCCAACACGGCCGACAUAGGAGGUGCCAGUGCCUGGCACACCCCCAUGCCGGGGUGCCGGUACUCAGCGUGA